AUGGAAAGGGCAGUCUUAGUAGAAAUGCAACUAAAAGAAGCACUGGAGAGAGAAGCUAACUUAAAAAAGCUUAAUGAAUCCUUAAUGAAAGCUAUGGGAGAUAUAUCUAGUCAUGAUAGAGGAAAAGAAAUACAAUUAUUAAAUUAACUACAUGAGGAAGAAAUUUCCAAACUAAAGUCAAUUCUUAAUGAAAAGAUUACUAUUCUGGAAUAUGAAGUAAGUUAUCUAUUAUAUUUAGUAUCGAAACAAAUGCAAAGAAUUUACUAAUUUAGAAAAAAAUUACAACCAAUUGAUUCUAGAUUAUGAAGAAUUAGAGAAGAAAGAACAGUAUAAAUAAAGAUAAAUUUAUUAUAGAAAAUGCUAUAAAUGUGCUGACUUUUAACUUUAAAUUACAUAAAUUCUAAAAUAAAAUGAAAUUUUGAAAGAGGGAUUAGCUAGAGAAUUUUCAGAGGCUUUAAAUAACUAAAAAUCUAUUUUAGAAUAUGUAAAAAAAUAAACCUAUUCAAAGGAUUCCAAUUGUUUAAAACUAAAGCUUAAAUAGACUACAUUUGAAUUAGAUUAGGAAUUGAGAGAAAAGGAAAAAUUAUAAAAAACUAUCCAAGAGUUGGGCUAUUCGCAUGAAUAAGCAGUAAUUCUUAAAAAUAUAUUAGUAAAGAAGCUUAUUGUAAUAAAUUGCAGAUCUCAAUAGAGUACAUAACGAAACUAUCCUCCAAAAUAAUUAAUAUUAAAUCUCAAGUUAAGCAAGAGAACAAUCAUAAGCAUAAAAGAUUUGUUAGUUGGAAUAGGAUAAAAUAAUUUUAGAAAAGCAUUUAUAAGAAUAAAAGUAAUGAGUAAUUGAAUAAUCUUUAGAGAUUAGAAUGCUAAAUUGGAAAGCUUGAUUAAAUAGCAGGAGUUACUAUUAAGGGAAAAGGAAAACAAAUUAAUUGAAUAAAGAAAUGAAUUAUCAAAAAAAUUAAUAAAUGAAAAGAAAAUUGCUGAACAAUGUUAAGCUGUGGCUUUGAAAUUAAAAAAUGAAUUUUAAAGGAAAUAAUCUAUACUAAUUGAAGAAUCUUUAAAAAAAGAAUAGCAAUUAAAAUCAGUGUAAACUCAACUAACAAGAUAAAAAAGCAAAAAUAAAUAUUAUGAAAAUGCUCUUAGUUAAGUUAAUUUAUUAGAGAUAAAAAAUUCAACCCCUAAAUAAAUUAAGCAUAAAAAAAACAAUUUCUCUAAUGAUUUUCAUACUUAGCAUCAACCCGGACAUACUAAAGUACUUUUAAAUUGAUUUUUUUAGAAUGCUCUCAGUUAAGGUCAUGUGAAUAAAAUCAAAAUACUGCCUUCCUCAAUAUAGAAAAGUGAAGCAGAUUCUAUUCAUUUUAAUUUAACUGAUAUGUUAAAUUCUACACGAAACCCCGAUCAGUAAAAUCUUUCUUGUAGGUAAUCAAAUGAAGAUAUAGGAUCUCAUAUAGAAUAAUUCAAUUGUGCUGCAAAAUUUGUACCUUUUAUUGCAUAUUAUUAGGUCUAAACAAGCGAUGAUUCCGUCAUCCCUAUUUAGUAGUUGACAGAUAGAUAAUUAUCUCCAAGAACAAGAAGUAUAUUUAUAAUAUAUUUACAAAUAGUCUAAACAGUUAAUCCUAAAGGACCCCCUUAAAGAAUAAGAUAAAUUCAUGCUGACUUAUAUAAAGAAAAUAUAGUUGUAAGGCCUAAAGCAUGA